AUGAGUUUUACCAACCCCAUAAUUCCAGGAUUUAAUCCUGACCCGUCCAUAAUCCGAGUUGGUUCGGAUUUUUUCCUUGUUACAUCUAGUUUUGAAUAUUUCCCGGGUGCCCCAAUUUACCAUAGCUGUGAUUUGGUCAAGUGGACCCUAAUUGGCCAUGCGUUGACAAAAGCUGGCCAGCUUCAAAUUCAUACUCCGGAGCCCGGGGGUGGCGUAUGGGCGACGACCAUCCGGUACCACGAUGGGGUCUUCUACAUCGUUGCUGCGAGCUUCCAACGGUAUCGUCCACAGGAAGAUGACCGAGUCUGGCCACUAGGCUUCUAUGUGAAGACGACCAAUAUUUGGGAUGAAACGACGUGGUCUGACCCAGUUUACUUCGACCAGGUUGGAUUCGACCAGGAUUUAUUUUGGGAUGAUGAUGGAACCGUAUAUUUGUCGUCGACGUAUCGUAAACUCAAUCCAACUCCAAGUGCCAAUUUGAAGGAUUUCGCUAUUCACAUCUGCACUGUGGAUCUGGCUACAGGUCGCUCAACAUCAGAACCGAGGUUAAUUCGCGAAUCCUCAUCUGGUGUGGCAGAGGGUUCCCAUAUCGUGAAACGCGGUCGCUAUUAUUACCUCUUCACUGCAGAAGGUGGCACUGAGAGCGGCCACUGCGAAUGGGUUUGUCGGAGUGACAAAGGACCCCUGGGACCUUGGGAAGUUGGACCACACAACCCUCUCUGGAAAAACGGCCCUGAAGAUGAAGUUCAGAAUACCGGCCAUGUCGAUCUAGUUCAGGACAUGAAUGGAAAUUGGUGGGGAGUGCUUCUAGGAGUUCGACCUGUCCGACGGGAAGACCACUGGGAGGAGUCGGUAUUGGGGCGAGAGUCGUUUCUGGUUCAGGUAGACUGGGAGGACGAUUGGCCUGUGUUUAAUGGUGGAAAAAAUAUAUCCCUUAAGUCUGUUGGACGAGGUCUUUACAACCAAGAACCCCUGGUCUUCUGGGAAGACGAUUUUUCUGGCUCUCGACUCCAACUAGGAUGGUAUCGAAAGAACACACCCUUCACAGUUGACUAUUCACUCAGCGAGCGCCCUGGUAAUCUCCGACUCUACGGUGGACCUUAUACGCUUGCCACACCGGCCUCUCCAACCCUAUUCUUACGGAAGCAAACCCACCAAUUCUGUACAUGGGAGACAAGUUUGUUAUUUCAGCCUAUUUCGGAGCAUGUCGAGGCUGGAACUGUUGUCUGGUGGAAUUAUCUAACCCACAGCAGUCUUGGAAUUCGAAAACAAGGCAACAAUCGCAUCAUUCGGUUUCAGCCGUCAGAAGGUUCUGUAAUUGAGAAGGAGCUCAGUGAUACAGGUUCUGUUAUACUUAUUGUUGAAUGUGGAGAUGAGUAUCGCUUUGGAUUUCAGGAAGAAACCAGCUCCCAUCCUAUAUGGAUUGGAACAGUCGCCAAUAAAGUUGCAACAAAGACACCUUUUGUAGGUGCUUCAUUCACAGGCAUGAUGCUUGGAAUCUAUGCAUUUGGUGAUCGCCAAAGAUGUUUAUCACCAGCCGACUUUGCGUAUGCACGGUUUCGAUGA